AUGUCCAGAAUGAUCCUCUCCAACGACUUUUAUCUUCCCUUUGUGUCUCGUGGAACCCGCCUGCUCCCGAGCUCGGGGGCUGCCCUCCCUGUCCGGCCGCCCAACACCCCCGGAGCGGGGCGUAAGAGCCAGGCCGACCCCGACCCGCUGGGCACUACCGGUGCCGCCGCGGAGCCUGGGAAAGGGCGGCCGCUCCCGCGGGAUGACACGUCCAACGGGACGGAGCGCGAGGCGCGGCGCGGCCCGGCCCUCUCCGAACCUGGGCCCAGCGGCUGCCCCGGCCCGGCCCGGCCCGGCCCAUCCCUCACCUGCCGGCGGCGCCGCUGGGGCCCCGGGGGCGUCGUGCUGCGAAGGACGGGAGGGCAGGACGGAGGGAGGGAAGGGUGGACGGAGGAAGCCAGGCGGGGCGUCGCCGGCGGUCCUCUCAAGCUUUAUUUUCUUCCUUCUCCGGUGGCAGAAGGCCGCGGCAGAGAAGGAGCCUGCUCGACUGUGGGCGCGGAUGAGCGCGCCUGGGAGACGCUGCUCGGUGCCGUGGCAGAAACUUUGCCCGAACCCACAGUGAGGAGGAAAAAAAGCGUAUCUGUCGAGGAGAUGAUUGACAUCAUAAGCGCUGUGGAGAGCGGCAAGAAAAAGGCGGACAUUGCAGCCAAGUACGGCAUCAAGAGGAACUCCCUGUGUUCUAUUAUGAAUAAGGAAAAAGUUUUGGAAGCCUUUGAAACUGUACUUGAUCGUAAAAGGAAAAGGCUGAGGACUGCUUUUUAUGAUGACCUGGAGGAGGCAUUAAUGAAGUGGUACAGAACUGCACAGUGCUUGAAUGUGCCAGUCAAUGGCCCUAUGUUGCACCUCAAGGUGAAUGAUUUUGCCCAGAAGCUUGGACACAGUGAUUUUAUAUGCAGCAAUGGCUGGCUCGAUCGUUUCAAGUCCAGGUACUUAGAAGAACAUAACAAAACUGAAAAACGGCUAUGAACUGAAAUUUUCCACAAAAUCAGGAGCA